AUGGCUGCACCCACCAUCUACAUCGACGAAGACGUCGGCAGAGACGACUCCGCCGCCGUCGGCUCCGAGUCCGCCCCCUACAAGACCCUCGUGCACGCCUUCCUGCAGCACGCCCCAACCACUGAGGGCAUCCAGUACCUCACCCGCAAGUCGCAGACCGAAGCCGCCGGUGAGGAUGUCGACCCUGCCGCCAAGCUGGAGUGGAAGCCCGCCACCAAGUCCGCCGUGAAGAAAGCCACCAACCUGUGGGAGCAGCGCAAGAAGAAGGCCGCCAAGGAGCAAGAACUGGCUAUCCGCGAGAAGGCCGAGGCCGAGAAGCGCCAUAAGGUGCUCGAGGAGGCUAAGAAGAUCGUUAUCAAGGAGGAUGCGUCGCUGCCCCCGCCGGUGCGCAUCCGUCUCGACGUCACCGACCCGGCUGUUGUCCAGCUGCGCACCCCCGAGUCCGAUACCCCCGGCACCCGGGUCCGGGUGCUGGGUCGGGUGCACCGCAUGCGCGCCCAGAAGGACGUCGUCUUCAUUACCCUCGCUGACGGAUACGGAUACCUCCAAUGUAUCCUUACGGGGGACAUGGUCAAGACCUUCGAUAUCAUGACCCUCACCCUCGAGACCUCGAUGUCCAUCCACGGCGAGAUGCGCGCCGUCCCACCGAAGCAGCACGCUCCCAACAACCGCGAGCUGCACGCGGACUUCUUCACGAUCAUCGGCCGCGCGGCGGGUGACAAGGAGGCGAUCACCACGCGCGUGGCGCCGGACGCCGACCCGCAGACGCUGUACGACAACCGCCACCUGGUCCUGCGCGGCGAGAUGUCCUCGUCCGUGAUGAAGGUGCGCGCCGCGACGCUCCGCGCAUUCCGCAAGGCCUUCGAGGAGAACCGCAUGUUGGAAGUGACGCCGCCGGCGAUGGUGCAGACGCAGGUCGAGGGCGGCAGCACGCUCUUUGGGUUUAACUACUACGGCGAGAAUGCCUACCUGACGCAGUCGUCGCAGCUGUACCUGGAGACGUGCCUCCCCUCCAUGGGCGACGUCUUCUGCGUCUGCCCGUCCUUCCGGGCCGAGAAAUCGCUCACCCGCCGCCACCUGUCGGAAUACACACACAUCGAAGCCGAGCUGGACUUCAUCACCUUCACGGACCUCCUCGACCACCUCGAAGCGGUGAUCUGUCGCGUCAUCGAUCUGACUCUCGCCGAGCCCGAAAUCAAGCGCUACAUCGAGACCCUCAACCCAGACUUCAAGCCCCCCUCCCGCCCCUUCAAGCGCAUGAAGUACUCUGAUGCGAUCGACUGGCUGCGCGAGCACGAUAUCCCCAACGAAGAAGGCCAGCCGCAUACAUUUGGUGAUGAUAUCGCCGAAGCCGCCGAGCGCAAGAUGACCGAUAUCAUCAACCAGCCUAUCUUCCUCACGCAUUUCCCCGCUGACAUCAAGGCCUUCUACAUGAAGAAGGAUGAGACGGACCGCCGCGUGACCGAGAGUGUCGAUGUACUGAUGCCCGGCGUCGGUGAGAUUGUUGGUGGGAGCAUGAGGAUGGACGACUGGGACGAGUUGAUGAAUGCUUACAAGCACGAGGGCAUGGACCCGAAGCCGUACUACUGGUACACUGACCAGCGGAAGUACGGCACCUCCCCCCACGGCGGCUACGGUCUGGGCCUGGAGCGCUUCCUGGCAUGGCUGUGCGCGCGCCACACUGUGCGCGAUUGCUCGCUGUACCCCCGGUACACGGGCCGGUGCACUCCAUGA